AUGCUGCGUGGCUGCAGCGGCUGGUUGCGGGUUGCGACUGCGAGUGGCAGCCAGCUGGCGCGACCGCGGCCCUUCGUCGUGUGGACAAGCUGGCUAUUUGUGGCUAUGACAGCCUUGCAGCUCUCGAGCGCGCUUCUGCUAGAAUCGGGUGUCUGGCGUCAUCCAUUCGUCAACGUGGCAACCAACCUCGCGUGCAAUGCACUAUUUGUGGCGUGCUACGUCGGCAACCUUGCGGCGUACUGCACUUCGCACCGCCCGCCCAGCCGUGCCUAUUGUGCCGGCACAGCCCUGUACACGUGUGGCUACUUUUCAUUUGCUGCUCACUUUGGCUUGCGGCUGUUGCGGGCUCCGGGCGUGGUGCACUUCUGCAACGCGGCCGGGUCGUCCCUCUUUUUGGUGGGCAGCGUGCUGCUGGUAUCCGCCACCGCCCUCCACCCUGCCUCCUCGUACGAGCGGCUUGGGGAGCGGGGAGGAGGGGGGCAGAGGUCAGCGCCUCUCUUUGCUGGCAGCUCCUGCUUCCUGCUGGGCUCAAUUGCGCUGACCUCAGACGCGCUCCUCGUGAAGCCGUUUGGACACCUCGCGGUGUGGGGCCUGGCCGCGUUCCUGCCGGGACGCGUCCUCUUCCUGCUCGCUGCCUAUCGCAGCGAGGCGGGCGGUGACGACAGCGAGCGCCUGCCGCUCUCCCCUGACAAGUCCCCUGACCGCACGGUGCUCGUAAGACCUUGA